AUGUUGCUUGAUACACAUGUUGCUGAAACCAAUGAACAUUUAUACAAAAUUUUAGUAAUCGGAGAACUUGGGACAGGAAAAACUAGCAUCAUUAAACGAUAUGUUAAUAACUUCUUCUCCCAGCAAUACCGAGCUACUAUCGGAGUUGAUUUUGCUCUAAAGGUUCUCAACUGGGAUUCCAAUACUCUGAUUCGACUUCAGUUAUGGGAUAUUGCAGGACAAGAAAGGUUUGGGAAUAUGACAAGAGUUUAUUACAAAGAAGCAGUUGGUGCUUUUAUCGUUUUUGAUGUUACGAGAAUGGAAACAUUUGCUGCUGUCGUGAAAUGGAAAAACGACCUGGACAACAAGGUCCGUUUAACAGAUGGAAGUACUGUACCCUGUGUUCUAUUAGCAAACAAGUGUGAUAUGUUGAAAGAAGGAGCAGUGAACAACCUUACACUUAUGGAGAAGUUUUGUCAAGACAAUGGAUUUAUUGGUUGGUAUCCGACAUCGGCUAAAGAUAACAUCAACAUUGAAAGUGCAGCAAAAUGUCUAGUAUCAGAAAUUGUUAACAACCGGACAUUGUUAGUUGCUGAAGAAUCUUUGAAUAACAACAUUUUCUUGGAUCAUCUUGGCCAUUCUCCUCACAUUCUCAAGAGACACAAGUGUUGCUAACGGGAUCAAAACGUACAGAA